AUGGCCUUUUUGUUUGGUGGGAGAGGACGACAAAAGCAACCCGCUGAGAUCGCAAAAUCACUGAAAGAUUUACUGUAUAAAUUGUCAGACCCGAGUCUGAAGCCCAAGGUCGAGGAAGAUGUCGCAAAGCACAUGUCGCAGAUGAAGAUGAUUGUGCAGGGCACACCAGAAGUCGAAUGCAGUCAAGAGCAAGUUCACCAGCUGGUAUCAUGCAUCAUCCAAGAAGACAUACUCUACGAGAUCGCCCGGUCGAUCAGCCUAUUACCUUUUGAAGCCCGCAAGGACGCCCAGAUUAUUUUCUCGCAUAUCCUGCGCUGGAGACCUGUCGGCGCAUCUACUUCUAGCGAGCCCUCUGCCAUAUCCUACCUUGUCCUACAACGCCCGGAGAUCAUCGUCGAACUGUGUCGCGGGUAUGAUCAUGCUGCGAGCGCGAUGCCCUGUGGGACGAUCUUGCGACAGGCUUUACAGUACGACACUAUCGCCGCGGUGAUACUGUAUGAUGAGUCAAGACCUGGUGAGCGGGCAGUCGUCCUGCAGGAUGUGGACGUCACAAAGAAACAAACGGGACAGGGCUUGUUCUGGAAUUUCUUCUCGUGGAUCAAUAAGGGCAGUUUCGAGGUCAGCGCGGAUGCGUUCACCACGUUUAGAGAAAUCCUCACCAAACACAAACAACUAGUCUCAACAUACCUCGCGACCAACUACGACCUGUUCUUCAAGUCGCACUACAACACAACGCUGCUACUGUCUCAAUCAUACGUGACGAAACGGCAGUCUAUCAAACUGCUGGGCGAGUUACUGCUCGACCGCGCCAAUUAUGUGAUCAUGACGCAGUACGUUGCCAGCGGAGACAAUCUCAAGUUGACGAUGAAUCUGUUGAAGGAUGAUCGUAAGAUGGUCCAGUACGAAGCGUUCCAUGUGUUCAAGGUGUUUGUCGCCAACCCCAAUAAGAGUGAUGAGGUGCGGAGGAUUCUCAUCAAGAACCGGGGACGCUUGUUGAAGUUCUUGCCGGGGUUUCUCGAGGGACGGACGGACGAUGACCAGUUUCUGGAUGAAAAGAGUUUCUUGGUGAGACAGAUUGAGAAUCUGCCGGAGGAGGACUCGCAGCAAGGUGUGAGUGCUGACCAAAGUGGUGGCGUGAGGGUUGGUGCGUAG